CUAGGGUGAUGGUAUAUUAAAAAAAAAAACAUAAAUAAAUAAUAAUAUAAAAAAAAUAAAAUAAUAUGAAUACAUUUUGGUCAAGAUUUAUGAAGAAAGAUUAUUUAUUUGCAAAAUUUUAUAAGAAAAACACUUUUUUUUUUCAAAAUGUUUGGACUUUUUCAUUUAAAUAGCAAAAAAAUUAAAAUCUCAGUGGUGAAUAAAUACCACCAAAAUAAAGUUUUAUCUGUCUCAAAAAAUGCUAAAAAAAAUCAUAUGGGUACAGUGUGGCAUGACCGCGCGAUUGUCAUUCAAAGUGUGAUAGCGCUGAAAGCUGAAAAUUGGCCUGGACAGGAAGGGGGUGAAAGUGUCCGGACUUGAAGUG